CCUUUUCUAUCGAUAUGACAUCGACUAGUACAUAAACGACAGGCAACCUAAAAACUGAUAGUGUGAGUAACGACCAACAACGUCAUCCCGCAGUGAACCAAGUCAUCGAGCCUGAGCAGACAAUUUGAUCAGCAUUAGUUGGCGGGAUACUGUUCCAAGUCUUCAUUGGCUGUAACUAUCAGCGGCAAAAUUUGAAAAGGGCACAGACAAUAGUAUUUGGAUGUUUCAAGUAUGACUAAUUUGAACGUACAAGACAUUGAGACCAAGAUAACGGGAGAUGACGAAAUUCAAAAGAUACAAGACACUGAAGAACCCCAUGAAGAUAACUCAAAAUGGUCCAACCAGUUCCAGAGUACCUUGGCUAUGCUAGGAUUCAGUGUUGGAAUGGGCAAUCUAUGGAGAUUCCCCUAUGUUUGCCAAAGAAAUGGAGGAGGUGCAUUCCUGAUCCCAUAUAUUAUCUUCGUGUUAUUUCUCUCAAUGCCGCUAUUUUUCCUCGAAGUUGCACUUGGUCAGUUUUCUGCUCGAGGACCAAUAAAGGUGUGGUCGUUGUGUCCAAUCAUGACAGGUAUCGGUUAUGGCAUUCUGACUCUCGGCUGUCUUGUCGUGCCAUACUUCAGUAUGGUGUUUGCUUGGGUUCUCUACUACAUAUACAGCUCCUUCUCCACGGUACUGCCCUGGACAAAUUGCGAUAAUACAUGGAACACACCACAGUGCGUUUCUUCAAGGGAGACGCGUCUCUCCAUUCCCCCGAAUGUGUCUCUGGAACAAGUCACUCACCGAGCGGAGAGCGGGAAUACGUCUACAGACAUAGCAAGUGUCUUUGGUCACACGUCCACUGAGGAAUUCUGGCAAUACCGUGUUCUGGGCAUCUCCUCUGGGGUCGACGACCUUGGGCCUGUACAACCCCAUCUGGUUCUUUGUUGGUUCCUUACCUGUCUGGUUGUAUUGCUCUGCAUCAUUAAAGGAGUUGGAUCUGUCGGAAAAGUGGUGUAUGUGACGGCGUUGAUGCCUUACGUUCUUCUGACGGUGUUGUUGGUCCGGGCAUGCACGAUGCCUGGUGCAAGGGAUGGAAUUUUAUUCUAUCUGACGCCCGACUUUGCACGUCUUAAACACUCUCAGGUGUGGCUGGAAGCUCUGAUACAAGUGUUCUUCUCAAUGGGUCCGUCAUGGGGCACCUUGAUAACACUCUCAAGCCACAACCCGUUCCACAGCAGCAUAAUAAGGACAACAAUCGUGGUAACAGUAGCUGGAAGCUUCACUAGUGUGUUUGCUGGAUUCGUGGUCUUUUCAACUGUUGGGUACCUGGCUCACAGUCUUCGGCAACCCAUUGAUGACGUCGUCACAUCAGGACCUGGCAUUGGAUUUAUCAUAUAUCCAGAAGCAGUUGCACUUCUUCCAGUGCCUCAGCUAUGGUCGGUCCUCUUCUUUGUAACAACGUUGAUGAUGGUGAUAGACUCUGUGUUCGCAAAUGCUGAAUCAGCUCUCAGAUGCAUAAAAGAACUUCUGCCAGAGCGGUUUCAUUUCAAGUACAUGCAGCCCGUCAUGGCGGUUGCGUUCAUGGGAGCAACGUUUUUGGUGGGGCUCAUCUUUACCACUCGAGGUGGCGUGUACCUGUUUACGUUGAUUGAUUGGUAUGUUGUGGCAGUCGUCUUGUUUGUCACUGCGGUACUUCAGUGUAUCGCCGUUGGCUGGUUAUACGGAGCUGAGCGCUUCUCUUCUGAUGUAGAAGCCAUGACAGGCAGACCACUGCCAGCCAUCUACAUGCUCGUGUGUUUUAUCUUCAUUUCUGCGGCCUUGCUGAUGGUGCUUGUUCUCACUAUGGCUUCGUACGAGAAUCCAACAUACCGGUACUAUAAGUACUCCGGAUAUGCUGUGGUCGCCGGAUGGUGUAUUGCCCUGGUGUCAGUUGUCCCUAUUCCUGUAACCAUGGUGGUGACAAGACUCAGAAGAAAAGGAUCUCUGUUCGAGCGAGUGAAAGACUCGGUGUCUCCAGACCCUGUCUGGCAAAGGUUAAGAAAGCGACAUGAUCUCGAAGAGCGAACAGAUUCAAUCUCCAUCAAAGAUACGUUUUUGUUUAUGCUCGGAAUCAACAGAAGGAGACAUCAUUUCUAAGUUAUCUUGCUGCCCUGUACGUGCCUUUUUCGGGACGUCACCUGCCUACCACUUCACAGUCUGAUCGCACCUGUGACCUUUGUGGAGAUUUUCACUUAAAAUAUGCAAACAACUAUCCAUAUAAUGUAUAUAGCUUAGUUCACUUUUCUGUUAUUAACCAAUAAUGUGCUACCCGUUCCCUAAAUUGACAAGUUUAGAUGAAAAGAAGUCAUUGUUUUGCUUCACAGAAUUUAAAGAAAUGUAAUUAUAUAAAAUAGUUUUACUGGUCUCGGUCUACAAUGACUUGUGUGUUAAGUUCGUUUCUUACAGAGUUAUUGCCCUUGAUCCUUGUUUUGCAACUCAGUGCAUCCUAGCUGACAUGAGAACGAUGUUUCUCGGAAACCUUUGAAUAUAUUAUAUGAAUGUUUCCAUACACAUCUAAGAGAUACUUUUCCAGACAAAGACAGUGGUUGGCGUAAAUUAUUUUUGUGCACAGUUACGGCCUUACCUCACUCACUUUAUAGAAUCUGAAAUGGGGAGUUCGAGUGCCAAAACCUAAUUCAUUCCUGUGUUACGUCCCUUGCUACAUGUUUUCGAAUCUGCACAUGACGUCAUCAGUGGCGACGUUGUCUGAAACUUCCUAAAAGUCUGCAUACUAAUACUAGAAACUUGUUAAUUAUUAGCUAAAACAAAGGUCCCGUUAAAACAUGUUUCUCUAAAGUUGCAGCCUUUGAUCUAUGUUAUUUCAUUUCCUGACUGACUGAGUUUCGUUUAACGCCGCAUUUACCAAUAUUCCAGCUACAUCACGGCGGGGGACACCAGAAAUGGGUUUCACACAUUGUACCCAUGUGGGGAUUCGAACCCGGGUCUUCGGCGUGACGAGCCAACGCUUUAACCAUUAGGCUCCCCCACCGCCCCCUCAUUUCCUGAACGAUGGCUGCAGUGGGUGAAGAUUUCUCAGGAAAUCAGCAUUGAGGUGAUAUGUCCCUGGUGAAGGAAGGAUAGUGACACUGUGACACAGUUAAUUGCAGUCUGUCACAUUGAUAUACUACAGGCCAUGCACCUGCUAUUGAUCAAUAUCAAUAUGUUAUCAAGAUGUUAUUACAGCCGUUUGACAUCUAAAUGAUCGAGGCGGGCAAACUAAUAUUUCUAAUUGACUUCUAUGUGCCUAUUCGCACGCUAAGGGAUCAGAUGAUCAGGAAUGCAGCUGAUAUUGUUUUUUGUUAACUUUUUAAACUUUCGGUGUGAACUCGGGAAUUUAUAUAAUAUACAGUAAAUUCACAAUGGCCGUAUCUCUGUAAGAGCAUAAUAAAUGUCAUGAUUGUUGCUAAACUUAAAGAUAGUAA